GAAAAAGAUCGUUUAAAGCGCUUUAAAUUUCCUCACCAACGUUGAAACUUCCUCCGUCUGGGUUUUACAAUUAUCUUCUCCUUUUCUGUUUUCUUCAUUUUUCAACUAUAUUUAGCAAGGUCUCUUCAUGCGGGAGAUGACGACGGCGCCGGGAGUACCGCACGGGCACGCCUCGUCGGUCCCCACAUCCGCCCCCACCCACUCCUCCUUCUUCGUGUCGGUCGAAGAGAGAGAGUGGGCGCUGCUGAGCCUUCUCAAGAUGUCCUUCGUCACCUUCCUGCCUGGGGCCGCGCAGGGAGCCUCGACGGUGGUGCUGGGACACCCACUCGACACCGCCAAAGUGCGGAUGCAGGCCGCAGGACCGAAUGUGAUGAGCUCCACCUUUGGCACGAUGUGGUCGAUGGUGUCGACGGAGGGCGUUCGCAGCCUCUAUCGCGGUGUCGCUCCGCCGCUGGUGAUGGAAGGGGCGAAGCGCAGUCUGCAGUUUGCGCUGUGGGAUUGGUUGCGUGCGUGGAGCACAACUGCAACGGCGGCAGCGGAGGAGGAACACGAAAAACGCAAACGAAAGGCGAAGGCGGGUGCGAAAGAGCCUUGUGCCAUCGCUGCUUCGUCGUUUGCACUCACCACCCGGCAUUACAGCUGUCAGGCUCUCGCGUAUGUCGGUGGCAGCACUUUUCUUAGCGGAGCCUUGGCGGGCGGCUUCGGCACCUUGAUUGGCUGCCCGAUGCACGUGAUUAAGAUCCAGACGCAGUACCAAACCGCCCGAGACACGCGUAACGCGUGGACGUGCAUGAAGGACAUCUACAGAAAGGAGGGCUUCUUUGGGUACUACCGCGGCUUCCGCUACAACGUGCUGAAGGAUGUGUGCUUCGCGGGCGCCUACCUCGGCCUCUACGCGAACUUGCGCGAUCGGGCGUGCUUUCAGACGGAGUCGAAGGGUGCCUUCGCCACGGCGCUCGGCGCCCCUCGCACGUCGCACCUCGGGGCCUUCUUAUCUGGCGCGUCGGCGUCCAUGGCGACGUGGGUGCUGCUGUACCCUCUAGACACGGUUAAGACGCUCGUGCAGUCCCGCCAGGCGCACGCCAUCCCGGCCGUUCUGCGCCACCCUGCGCGGCUCUAUCGUGGCCUGGCGGCCUCGCUGUUCAAGGCCGGUCCCGUCUCGGGUAUUUCGAUGGCCGUGUAUGAGCAGACGUGGACUACGUUGAACAAAACAGCCUCCAGAGGCGAACUACAAGUGUAG